ACUCAACCUAUACAUUUAUAUUUCACAUCUAAAUUAUAAAAAUCUUUGAAAAAUUAUGUAGAGCGAUUAAGGUACCCCAUUUUACUGAAACUUGCACUUUACUGAGGUUAAAAUCGCGGCACAUGCGCGAAAAAACACAAUCAAUAUCUCGUCAGUGGGUGGGGAAUCUUUUGAGCUUAUGUUAGUCAAGCUGCGUGAAAGUGAUGCGACCCUAAAUAUGUACGUCAUAGCAUAUGAAUUGUUCUCAAUUUAUUGUAUAUAAACACGUCUAUGAGAAUAAAAAGGUAAAAAAGAAAUUUUUCAGUAUGCCUGAGUAAUGCAUUAACAGAUAUAUUUUAUAAAGUGCGUUCCCUAGUUUUGUGAAAACGAUUUUUUAUGGAACCAACCGUGUUAUUCGAUACUACAGGUCAGAAAACGUAUUUUCCAUUGUUCAGCUGAAAGAAGUGUUUUGAAAUACAAUUAUAAAAUAAUCAUACUAAAUGGAGAAAGUCAACAAGAGACCAGAAUUGCUUCAACCCAGUAAAUCAAAGAACAUAAUUCAUAACUUAAUGUUCAGAGAUUUUGGAUUUCAUAUAUCACAUAAAACUGGCACGCGUGAAUUAGAAUUAAUAGCUGAAAGGCAUCUAAUUUUAAAGGAUCACAAGGAAUUGCAAUGUGAUUUGCCUGGAAUCCCCAGAUCAACCUUUAUGAUGGCUUUUAGUCCUGAUGGAACUAAAAUGGCAUCGAUACAUGGUAAUCAUAAUGUCUAUAUUUCUGAAAUUGCAACUGGGAAAAAUAUUGAAAUUCUUUCUGGUCAUCCACGUACUCCAUGGUGCAUAGCAUUUCAUCCCUCUUCUAGUCAAAUACUAGCUUCUGGCUGCCUUGGUGGUCAAGUUCGUGUUUGGAAUUUAAAUGGUGGUAAUAAAGUAUGGAAUUCAAAAAAUAUGAGCUGCAUAUCAUCCCUUGCCUUUCAUCCAACUGCAGAGAUACUUGUUAUAGCAUUAUGUAAUGAAAUACAUUUUUGGGAUUGGAAUCAAUCAAAACCAUUUGCAGUAGUAACUACCAAAACGGAAAGGGAAAGUGUAAGAUAUGUGGCUUUUGACAGUUUAGGGGAAAAAUUAAUAACAGGUAUUAAAAACAUUCAAUACCAGGAAAACAGCCAAGAACAGGGCAGCAAUGUAGGAAGAUCUGCAAGUGUUUCAAGGUCCCGAAUACGACAUAGCCUACGUGCAUUUUUAGGUAGUGGCCAAAGUAAUUAUCAUCGAAAUUCGAGUAAUCAUAAAAGUGAAUCCUCUAGAACCAAUGCCACCGAGCCUGUACAAACUAAUCCAUCAACAAAUAAUCUACUUAAUACUGUCACUGUAGAGAAUCAUAAUAAAGAUUUUGUACAAAUUAGUAAUUCAAAAAGUAAUUGCGAAAAUGUAGAUAAAACAAAUUCUAAUUCAAAUGCAGAAACUAAUAAUACUGUUUUGAAGUAUAAUAUUAAUAAUGAAACUAUAAACAAUAAAUUACUAGACAAUAAAAAAUCUGACGAAAGUUAUCUUCAUAAUACUGAAAUGUCUAUUGUAAAUAGCAGUAGCUUAGAACAAUUAGAAAGAAAAAGCGAAGAGGAGAAUGUAAGACCACAAUUAUUACCUCUUCAAAGUUCAGAAUCUAAAGAAAUUUUAAAAGUUCAUCAGCAAAUCGAAUUACUUCAUCGUUACAUUGAUAUUGCUUUGUGGACCCGGGAAAGCUUCCGUCAGAUUAGGCCAUUAAAUGCAUUUAUUUCUACAGACAAAAAGAUUAAUGACGAAAAAGCUAUAGAACUAAAUGUUAAUGAUAGUGAUACCUCAUUAAAAUCUAUUUCAAAUAUUCCUUCAAAUUCUCAAAAUGAAACAGUUAGAAACUAUGAACAACUUUUAGGAACUUACAAAAAAGAAGACAGUAAUAUUGAUCAAAAAAUUGACACUCAAUGUCAACCAUCUACUUCAAAAGGAUUUACAGGUUUUAAAAAUAAUUGUAAUGGAAAUUGUACGAAAUCAGUCGUUACUAAUGGUAGCGAAACCAAAGAAAACGUGAAAUGUGUACCUCAUUUGCAAACAAAUAAUUCAUUACAAUCAUGUGAUAGUUUAUGCGACAUUUUAGUGAAAAAAGUGCAGCAGUUCACUGGAAGCAGGAAUGCUCAUUCCACAUUAUCAGAUAAUAAUAAAACUGAUACAAACUUAACUUUUUCUACUAGUACAGUGGGUAGAGUUGAACCAUGCUUACCUAAUAUUUCUAACUUCAUCGAUAACAUAUCUGAUUCCAAUUCUGAAACCUCUGAAUCAAGGAUGGGAAUUCUACACUCUCGUUGGUUUGGAUGUAAUAAUACUUCCAAAUUCGGGAUUAGAGGUAUACAUGGAAAUAAUGAAUUAAAUAUGAUACAGAAAGGAACAAUCUCAAAUCAUGCGAGUUACCGUGUACAAGCAUGGGAUUUUUCUACUGGCGAAAUGCCUGACAUUACAAAUUCCGAAAAAAAUAUUGUUGUCCCUGAAUGUCACAUUUUUAAUGAUGGUAGUAUAGACAUUUCUUCGGAUGGAAAAUUAUUAGCAACAAAUUUCAAUACUAUGUUAGAUUUUUUAGGAAUAUACAGUUUAGAAUGGGAAACAUUGGGAAAAAGAAUGUAUUCGACAAAAAGAUGCAAGCCCUCGCUUUCUGUAUCAAUUUCACCAACACAACAACACCUUUUAGUUGGUUUGCCAGGAAGUAUUCAGAUCUAUAGACUUGUAAAUGAAGAAUUUCAAAAUGAUUGGAAAACAUACAGUAUUCUUUGGCAUCCCAGAGAUUUAAUUAUGACUGAUUUACACAUUAAACAUUUAAGAAAGAACGGUACUAUGGUAAUUGAUAGGGAAUUAUUACACAAUGAUCAUGAAAUGAGAGUUUAUAAAGCUAUAAAUUGCACCAGAUGGGCGCCGCAACCUGGACAAGGAUUAGUUUAUGCCACAAGCACUGGACAAUUAAAUAUUCUUUAUUAAUGUAUUUAUGAUAUUAUGAUACUAAAAUAAACAUUGACUCCUGUGGAUUA